AUGGUAUUGGAUCAAUGGUUCAAAGGAAAAUCAAAAGAAACGUCGAUACCUCCAGAUUCCGGUUUCAACAAUGAAGAAGAAUCUAUAGAGAUGCUAGACUCUAGUUUAUCUACUGUAAAUAUUAAUACAGACGAAAUUAAACAUAAAUUUGUUAGUUUGGCAGAUAGUAAAAUCUUGAUCGUCGUUGGCACUUAUUUGAUCGGUAAAGAGAAGGUGUUUUGGGGUAUCGCGAAAGCAUUAAACUCGAAAAUUUACGUGUCAGAUGCCAAACGAAAGAUUAUUGUAUGUCAAGAGAACCCUGAAUUGGAAGCGCUUUUAACAGACAAUCCUCGAGAAGCUUCUGUGCAUGUUAUGUGUUUAACGAAAAUAAAACCAGAGGGAUUGAUAUGUUAUCUCCAAAAUUUACAGCCAACAUUUAAUCAUGUAAUGGCAUUCCGGCCCACUGGCUGGGCUUAUAAGCCCUCUAUAUGUGGGACCUUCUCAACAUCGUCAAAAACCGAGGAGAUAUUGAAUAGUGCUCCUUCUUACACUAUGGAUUUAAUAAAUCCGACAUAUAAUUCUCCAACAUGUCAAAUCUUUGGCGUUCCCUAUUCAGAACACUCUAGUUUCCGUGAGCUUGCAGCAUUCAUCAUGUCUUUGAAUAUAAAUCGAAUUAUACCAACAGUAAACAUAGAUCGGAAAGAGAUGGAUUAUUGGUUAGACAAAUGGCAGAAUGAAAAGAAAAAGAAUCAAAAUAUUAGAAUUGCACCAUAUUCUAUUAUAGAUCAUUGGUAA